UUUGCGAGUAUUGUUUUCUAACUUUCGAAUAAAAAAAAGGAAGACAUUGACAGCAUUGACAUUGUCAACGUGAAAAUAUCAAAUCAAAAUUUAAAACUGAUUCAAAAUUUGAAAUGCCGAAAGGAUUUCAAUUCAAAUUCAUAGAAAAGAUCAAAUAUGCAUUCAACCUGUAAUUCAAUUGAACAAAACCAACAAACAAACACCUAAUUUGAAUCAAACUUAAGAGUAUAUAAAGUAUUUGAAUCCUUUUGUUAGUGUUAUUCUUAUUGUUAUUGCGUUUGUUAGCAAGCAGUCAUUCGUGCCUCUGGUAUCGACCACUAUGGGUAUUAAAGGCCUGUGGACUGUUUUAUCGCCUUACAGCGAAAAGAAAUCUCUUCAUGAGAUUCGAGGUGAAACAAUUGCAGUAGACUUAUCUGGGUGGGUUUGUGAUAGCCAAAAUGUUACAGAUUAUUACAUUCAACCAAAACUUUACCUCAGAAAUCUAUUCUUCAGAACAGUUUACUUAAUACUGGCUGAUAUAAACCCAAUAUUUGUACUGGAAGGUGAUGCUCCAGAAUUGAAAAGAGAUGUGAUGGCAGCACGUAAUGCUAUUCAGUUUAAGGGAGCUGCUCCUAAGUCAGAUACUGCAUCUACUAAACGUCCUGAUGUGGGAAGAAAACGAUUUAAAGGAGUUCUUAAAGAAUGUGAAACCCUCCUGAAACAUAUGGGAAUCAGAUGUGUCAAAGGGAGAGGAGAAGCAGAAGCCACAUGUGCACAGCUGAACUCUCAAGGUCUGGUUGACGCAGUAGUGUCCCAAGACUCGGAUUGCUUCGCAUACGGCGCGCGGCGAGUGUACCGCAAUUUUAGCGUUUCAAGCUCGGCUGGUGGUGGCGCCAUGCAGGGCUCUGUGGACUGCUACGAUGCCGACCUCAUGUUCCGCAGCAAUGGUUUUGGACGGAACAAGAUGGUGGCUUUGGCGAUCCUUUGUGGCUGCGAUUAUGGCGUUGGCGCAUGUGGCUCAUCCAUAACAACUGUUGUUUCGUUCCUACACACUGUACCCGAUGGAGAAGUAAUUCCCAGGUUACUUUCCUGGGUGAGCGAUCCCGAGCACUACGAGGAGCAGACCCGCUUCGUGUCGGCGCCGGGCCGCUGCGACCGGUGCGGACACGUGGGAAGGGCACAUUUGAAAAAUGGCUGCCCGGUCUGUGCGACACAUCGCGGAUGCAGCGACUUAGGACACAAAUCAAAAGUGUCUGAAGUCAAGCGUGAGCUGUCACUUCGCAACAGGGCCCUCUCCUGCGGCGUGCCUUUUCCGGAGCCGAAAGUUAUGAAGGAAUUUCUGAACGCGACCCCAGAGAGAAUUGAUCUCGACAGUUUGAAAUACCCCGUGCCCAGUCUGAUUCAAUUUGUGAAACUGAUGUCCAGAAAGUUGGAUUGGUCGGAAAAAUACUGUGUAGAGAAGUAUAUGCCUGUGUUGACGAAAUGGCAUCUUCAGGAUAACGUCCCAAAUCGAACUAUCAAGCCGUUAGUGAUAAAAAAGAAACGAAACCCUAGGGGUGUGCCGAGUUUCGAAGUGGUUUGGGGCGAUAUCGACGGCCAGUACGAAGCGUUGAUUCCGGACGAACUCUUUGGAGAAGACGAAGACCAUUCUAAACCUUGGACGACGACGGAGCGGCAGGAUUUAAUGCGACAAUAUUACCCUGAACUUGUUGAAGCCUACGAGGAGUCUAUAAAAAAGCCGCCGAAAACAAAGAAACCGCGAGCCACAAAGAACAAAGAUGGCGCCGAGAAACCUAAGCGAAAAUACAACAGAAAGGUCAAAAAACUCAUUGAUGUAGAAAUUGCCAAUCUCAGUGGAUCCCUGAAGAAUUUAGAUUUAACGGCGAAGACCACCGAGAUUAAUUCCAGUAAGAAUAACGUUAGCGUCUGCGUGAAUAAACUGAAAAGGAAAUUCAAAAGCACAAAAGGCAGACAAAAGACUAUUGAUAGUUUUAUAGCGAAGAAGAAACGAAAGUCCAUCCAAAAGGCAAUGCACUCAUUGAGAUGCAGCUUGAAUAAUAUUUCUAUAAAUGAACCAAACUAUUUCUUGCAUAGUGGUGGUUCUUCGGACAAGGAGAAUAAAAAUGAAAUCGAACACCUAUUGAGCAUGUCCUGUGCGAGUGGAGACGAAAUUGAUGAUAGCGAUUUAUCUAAUCUAGUUGACAAAAUAGUCAAUAGACCGCCUUGCACGAAAAAUGCAAAAGUGGACAACAAUUUAGUCAAACUAAUAUUCGAAAGUAAAUUUUCUACGCCUAAGAAAUUGAAAAGAAAUAAUGUAUUAAAAGAGGCUAAUUAUUUUUCGACGCCAAAAGAAAGUCCGAUAAAAAGAAACAGUUUGAAAUUAUGCAGGAAUAUUUCAAAUGUUUCUGUGCACUGCAAAGCGAACACUAGUUAUUUCUUUGACAAGUUGACAGAGGACCGCGACGCCUUUGAAAUGUCUCUGGAAUACAAACACAAGAGUGCUAUCAUAAGUUUGGACUGCGAUACAACGGUUGAAUACAGUUUGCCUGACGUAUGUUUAUAAUAGGAAUUGUGAUGAGUAAUUUUUGAAAUAAAGAGAUUAUUUAACA